GCCAAGUGCAGAACAAAACACACUACUUCUCUUUUUUCUUCUUCUUCCUUUUGGGUGUGGAGCUAUUUGUGCUCCUGUGUGCGUCCGAGCCUGCGUCCACUUUAGUUCUGUUAGCCCGCAGGUGACGAUGGAGGCUCUGAAGUUUGCCGUUGUGUUGUCGGUGGUCGUGUUCGUGCAGGUUUUCGGCGCGCUGAUGGGGACCCCGCUCUCCAACGACGAAGAGGACGGUGAGAUGUGGACGGUGGAGAACUGGCAGGGCUACCCGCUCGAGAGAGGAAUAACCAUCCGGCUGGCAGACCUCAUUAAGCGGUCCAGACCACAGCAGUUCCACGGCCUGAUGGGAAGAAGCUCGGGCGCAUCUCAACCUGUGAGACUGGGCAAGAAAAGAAAUAAAGGGGAGAUGUUUGUUGGACUAAUGGGCAGACGGAGUCUAGGGAAAGUGUCUGAUCUGAUUAUUCUUCAUCGCUCAAGCAUUCCUUGA